UUCCAGAUGCACCCUGAGAGUGAUUUAGGCAUCUCAAAUCAUCUUGUGCUUUUCCACUGAUCUCGUGAUCAUCUAUUAUUUUCCCGAGAGUAAUCUGUCUAGAUCUCCUUUUCCUUUGCGUUCCUCCUUUCUUUUUUUUUCUCUCUUUCAGUGCCAUCUUAGACAAUUACACCGGACAUUUACACCCUCCCUCGAGAAAAGGAGAGACAAUUGUCACGAAAAUGGGUUCCCAGGGUCCUCUCUACCUUGGGUUCGACCUUUCGACUCAGCAGCUGAAGGGUCUCGUGGUGACCUCGGAUCUGAAGGUUGCCCACAUUGCCAAGUUCGACUUCGAUGCCGACUCGAAAGGCUUCGGCAUCAAGAAAGGCGUUCUUGCCAAUGAGGCGGAGAGAGAGGUCUUUGCGCCUGUGGCCCUCUGGCUUCAGGCCCUUGACGGCGUGCUGAGCAAGCUGAAGGAGCAAGGACUGGACUUCAGCCGCGUGAAGGGUAUCAGUGGUGCGGGGCAGCAACAUGGCAGUGUGUACUGGAGCCACGACGCGGAGAAGCUGUUGAAGACCUUGCAGAAGGAGAAGACUCUUGAGGAGCAAUUGCAGGGGGCCUUUUCUCAUCCGUACAGCCCGAACUGGCAGGAUGCCAGUACGCAGAAGGAAUGCGAUGAGUUUGAUGCUGCCUUGGGGAGCCAGGAGGAAUUGGCCAACGUGACGGGAAGCAAGGCGCAUCAUAGAUUCACUGGUCCCCAGAUUCUCCGUUUCACACGGAAGCACCCGGAUGCCUACAAGAAAACCGCAAGGAUAUCUCUGGUGUCUUCGUUUUUGGCCUCGCUGUUCCUUGGUCACAUCGCACCUUUUGAUAUUUCCGAUGUCUGUGGAAUGAACUUGUGGAACAUUAAGAACGGCGCCUACGAUGACCGCCUUCUCAAACUUGCCUCUGGUCAAUUCGGCGUUGAGGACUUAAAGAAUAAACUGGGAGAUGUCCCCGAGGAUGGAGGCCUUGACCUAGGCAAGAUUGAUAGGUACUUCGUGGAGCGAUAUAACUUCAGCCCGGAUUGCACGAUUAUUCCCGCCACCGGUGACAACCCCGCCACUAUUCUUGCUCUGCCUCUGAGAUCGUCAGAUGCUAUGGUCUCACUGGGAACUUCGACUACUUUCCUGAUGUCGACUCCUCACUACAAACCAGACCCCGCCACUCACUUCUUCAACCACCCUACCACGCCCGGCUUGUACAUGUUCAUGCUUUGCUACAAGAACGGAGGUCUCGCUCGUGAACAUGUCCGGGAUGCAAUUGAUGCGAAGCUGGGCAAGGACUCUGCCAAUCCCUGGGCUAACUUCGACAAAGCUGUGCUGCAGACGCCAGCAUUGGGCCAAAAGACCGACUCGGAGAAGAUGAAGAUGGGACUCUUUUUCCCGCGACCAGAGAUUGUUCCCAAUCUGCCUGCUGGACAGUGGCAUUUCAAUUAUAACCCGAAGGAUCAGGCGUUGCAGGAGACGACUGACGGCUGGGACAAGCCACUAGAUGACGCUCGUGCGAUUGUCGAGAGCCAGUUGCUUUCCCUCCGCCUCCGUUCGAAGGGACUUACCCAGAGCCCCGCGGAGGGUAUCCCCGCACAGCCUAGACGAGUGUAUCUCGUCGGUGGCGGAUCGAAAAACAAGGCCAUCGCCAAGGUCGCCGGCGAGGUCCUUGGAGGCGUCGAGGGCGUCUACAAGCUGGACGUUGGUGACAAUGCAUGCGCUCUGGGCGCCGCCUACAAGGCCGUGUGGGGUCUGGAGAGGAAGCCCGGCCAGACCUUCGAAGAGCUCAUCGGUCAGCGAUGGAGGGAGGAGGAUUUUAUCGAGAAGAUUGCCGAUGGAUACCAGAAAGAUGUCUACGAGAAAUAUGGCCUCGCGGUGGAAGGCUUCGAGAAGAUGGAAAAGGAGGUUCUGGCGGAGGAAGCCGCCAAGCACGGCAAGGCGUGAACCUGGAGAUGGAAAUAUUAAUGACAGGCAUGACGUAUCUUUGCUCCUUUAUAU